AUGGGCAAGCGCAGCUCAGCGUCGCGCCGCAGGCGUGAGGCAGCUGCCGACAGCAUGGACACGGACGCGCUCACCACGACGAGCGCGACCGGCUUGCUCAAACCACGAGUUGUCAAGACAAAGAUAUCCAAGGCGCGCGCGGCGGCGCAGAAGCUCACGCGCAAGCAAAAGCUGCGAAAGGCGAAGAAGCAGGAGCGGGGCGCGGCGAAUGCUGACCGGAGAGAAAUCAAGGCGGAACACGACGCGCACAAAGCGGAGCGCCGGCUGAGGGCGAAGGCCCUUUGGUGA